AUGGCGGCCAUGGCGCUGGGGCCUGGGGCCUGGGGUGCUGCUCCUGAUGCUGCUCUGGGCCUGGCGCUGCUGCUCGGGGUGGCGCUCACCCGAGCUGCCGGAGAGGCCCGGUUCGCCGUGGUACCGGUGGUGCUGGGAGCCGCCGUCCUCAGCGCUGCGCUGCUGCUCUUCCCCCGAGAGGGCGAGCACCCAGUCACAGCCGCCGCCGAUGAGAUCGUGGACACCUUCUUCCAUCGGCCGCUUUGUCCUCCUGGCUGUGAUGAGUUUGGUCUCCCUUGGUGCCUGUUUCUGCUCCUCGUUCACCACCUCACGGAGCCAGUGGUAUGCCAAGCCACUCCACAGGAGCUAGCAGCAACUGGGGGGCAGUGACCCCACCAAGAUAAACCCCUAACUUAAUGGCAAUAAAUCAGGAAGGCAGAGCC